CCGCUGUUGGAACAGCCCACUGGAAAUCCAAGCAUGGCCCCUGGUUUUUUCACUCUCUUCAAAAACAACUGUUUCCUUUUCAGCUACCCCUCGCUCUUGUCCCCUUUAUAUUCCGUCCUCAAUUCGCACCCACCAUCUCCUUCACCUACAGAGAUGCCAUUUCUCUCGUCUCUUUCCUCCUUUGACCUCUCACCUCCCUGUACUGGACUGUCCGGCAAGUACCAUACGGUAUAAUUUAUUAAUCAGUACCUCUCUUUCUCCUUCUUCCCCUGUUUUCUCUGUUUCUCGUUCAUUUCUUGAUAUUUUGCUUAUUGGGUCAAUACCCAGAUACAAACUCGGCGUCUCUAGCAAUACCCCGUCUCCGCUGUUUUUGUUUGGCUCAACACCCGGAUCCCGAUUCUGCAUUUUCUGAACGGUUCGGGGGUCCCCAUAUUGAAUUCCUUGUGUGAAUUUGAAGUUGAAUGGGGAUUGAGACGACUCGAACCAAUCGAAAGGGAAAUAAGGAGUUCCGUGAAUUACCCAAGGCCACAGACACGACUUCGAAAAGCAAGCCGAGGAAGAGCCGGCGACGUCAGAAGAAGAUGUCGCCGGUUCAGAUGCUAUUCGAGACUUGCAAGGAAGUGUUUGCCAAUAGCGGGACCGGGAUUGUGCCAUCCACUGAAGAUAUUGAACGGCUACGAGCUGUUUUGGAUAAAAUGAAACCGGAGGAUGUUGGCCUCAGUCCCGAGAUGCUGUAUUUCCGGACACAGGAGGCUCGUAGAACCCCGGCAAUAACAUACUUGCACCUCUAUGAGAGUGAGAAAUUCUCGAUGGGGAUCUUUUGCUUGCCACCAAAUGGUGUUAUUCCACUUCAUAAUCACCCCGGCAUGACGGUUUUCAGUAAGCUUCUAUUUGGGACCAUGCACAUCAAAUCAUAUGACUGGGUGGUUGAUGCCCCUAAUGACACAUCCGCCAAUGAGAAUUCUUUAGAAAUCACAGCUCCUGCUGUUCGUUUGGCUAAGGUUAAGGUUGACUCCGACUUUACCGCUCCUUGCAACGCCUCUAUCCUUUACCCAGCUGAUGGAGGCAACAUGCAUUGCUUCACAGCAGUGACAGCAUGUGCUGUGCUAGAUGUGCUUGGCCCUCCAUAUUCUCCUCCAGAUUCUGAUCCUGAUGGCCGGCAUUGCACAUACUUCCGUGAAUUUCCUCUCACCAGUGUAUCAGUUGAUGGGGUAUCGGUGCCUGAAGAGGAGAGGGAAGGUCAUGCAUGGCUUCAAGAGCUGGAUCAACCUGAGGACUUAGAGGUAGUUGGGGCAUUGUACAUAGGCCCAGAGAUUGUGGAUAAAUGAUCCUGCAAAACUGCAUCUCCUUCCACCCAUGUUGGCAAUAGGCGGAGGCCUAGUCCGUGCGGCAACCCAACCUUUUGUUUCGUUUGUAUCUUUUUCUUCUCCUUCAGUUCUUUUUUUUUUUUUUUUUUCUUCCUCCCUUUAAAUAGUUUUUGUAUAUACCCAGGACAAAAAAACUACAAAGCGAAGUUAACCGGAAAUGAGUAGGAAGUUAUUGAGUUAAUUGUUUGCUG